AUGGCAAUUCUAUCCAGCUCUUCACAUUCAUCUCCAUCUCCAUGCACUUUCAAAAACAAGAACAAGAGUAUCAAAAGCAACCCAUGUAGCACCAUCUCAUGUUUUUUAAUCGAGAACCGUCCCGGCCAAAGUACACGCCGUUGCUUUUCUCCACACGCCAAAAACAUACCAAGGCAGCCCCUUAAAUUUACCAUCAGAAAUGAGCAAGAGACCGAAGCCAAAAGACACUCAUUUGGACCAAGAACCCGCCUCUCGUUUUCUCUUGUUACAAAAGAAAAUCUUUUGAAGCCUGUUAAGUCCUCUGUUAAAGAUGAGGGAGAAAGUGAGCAGACUUCUUCAUCUUCAGUGGCAGUGGUUACUGACAAGACUGAAACUGAAACGAAGGAGAGUCAAGAAGUGGGAUCGAGCAAAGAAAGUGAUCAGUUGGAGAAGGAGAAAGAGAAACAACAAGAAAUGGACUGGAAGACAGAUGAAGAGUUCAAGAAUUUCAUGGGAAAUCCUUCCAUAGAGGCAGCUAUAAAACUGGAGAAGAAAAGAGCUGAUAGAAAGCUUAAGGAGCUUGACAGGGAAAGCAGUGAUAACCCAAUUGUAGGUUUGUUUAAUAGAUUGAUUCGUGAUAGUUUGACUAGAGAAAAAGAGAGGUUGGAGGAGGCUGAGGAGGCUUUUAGGGCUCUUGAUCUUAAUAAGUUAAAGAACUGUUUCGGGUUUGAUACCUUCUUUGCAACUGAUGUUCGAAGAUUUGGUGAUGGGGGGAUUUUUAUUGGGAAUUUGAGGAGACCUAUUGAAGACGUCAUUCCUAAACUGGAGAAAAAGCUAUCUGAAGCAGCAGGGCGGGAGGUAGUUGUGUGGUUCAUGGAGGAAAAGAACGAUGACAUUACAAAACAGGCUUGUAUGGUGCAACCCAAGUCAGAGAUGGAUCUCCAGUUUGAGUCAACUAAGUUGAGCACACCUUGGGGUUAUGUCAGUGCUAUAGCCUUAUGUGUGGCAACUUUUGGGACAAUAGCUUUGAUGAGUGGCUUCUUCCUGAAACCAAAUUCAACUUUUGAUGACUAUAUUGCCAAUGUUAUUCCUCUUUUUGGUGGCUUUGUCACUAUUUUGGGAGUUUCUGAGGUAGCCACACGAGUAACAGCAGCUCGUUAUGGUGUCAAGCUUAGCCCAUCAUUUCUCAUUCCAUCCAAUUGGACAGGAUGCUUGGGAGUGAUGAACAAUUAUGAAUCCCUGCUUCCAAGUAAGAAGGCCCUUUUCGAUAUUCCAGUGGCAAGAACAGCAAGUGCAUAUUUGACGUCAUUAGUGCUGGCGAUUGCUGCUUUCAUAGCUGAUGGAAGCUUCAAUGGUGGCGACAAUGCACUGUAUAUAAGGCCACAAUUCUUCUACAACAAUCCCUUACUUUCUUUUGUCCAAUUUGUCAUUGGACCUUAUACGGAUGACCUCGGUAACGUAUUGCCUUACGCAGUGGAGGGUGUGGGGGUUCCUGUUGAUCCCCUUGCUUUUGCUGGACUUUUAGGAAUGGUGGUGACUUCUUUGAACUUGUUGCCCUGUGGAAGACUUGAAGGAGGCCGCAUAGCUCAAGCUAUGUUCGGGAGAAAUACAGCAACUUUGUUGUCCUUUGCAACAUCCCUUUUACUUGGCAUUGGUGGUCUAAGUGGAAGUGUCCUUUGUUUGGCUUGGGGAUUGUUUGCAACAUUUUUCCGGGGUGGAGAGGAAAUACCUGCUAAAGAUGAGAUCACUCCUCUGGGAGAUGACAGAUUUGCCUGGGGCUUUGUUCUUGGCCUUAUCUGUUUCCUCACGCUUUUCCCCAACGGAGGAGGAACAUUCUCCAAUCCAUUCUUCAGUGACCCAUUUUUCAGGGGUGAUACGUAG